AUGCUCCCAUCGAAAUGGGCAGAAGACGAAAAAGAAGAGGAUGAGCACGUUCCUCAACGAGCUAUUGAUUGGUUAGAACGGCGAGCAAUCGCGCACGUUCCCGAGACAAUAUGCACAUUAGAUGCGUCCGCGUAUCUCGUAAUGCGAAAUCGAGAGGAUCAGUCGAAACCUCCGGAAGUCAGAGGUGGCCCUCGAGACGCCCUAAUUGUGCACGCCACUGAACACACGGCUUCAGUUCUUUAUCAAGAGGCAUUCCUUGUUACUUAUCGAACGUUCAUUUCAUCUCAUGAUCUCAUUAACAAACUUAUCACAAGAUACGUGUAUAUGUCCAUGUCGUCGGAUCGAGCAUCUCAGUCAGCUGCUCGAUUGACAUUUUCCAUACUGGUACGAGUAGUGGACGAGUUGACAGGGUAUGAGCUGAGCGAAGCCCUUGUGCAUACCGUCACCUCAUUCGUCUAUCGCCUUAUUCAUGAAGGAAAUCUAAUCUUUGCUCGACUUUUAAGGUAA